CAUAGGUUUAACUAUAGACGAAUUACAUAUAUUGCAAAUAACAAGCUUCCCGUCUACGGAAGAACUUGGUCCAUAAAAAUACGAGAGUAAUGAUUGAGGUAAAUUACAACGCACCAAAAUGGAGAUAAGGCUGGCGUUACUUUCUCUCUUAGUUUUGUUUGUACUUGGUCCAGUGGAUGCUCUAUCGCCUUCACCUUCACUAAACCACAACUCAAGUAACCCGUCUGGGACUUCCAACUCAAGUCUAUCGCCCUCUUCACCUUCACUAAACCACAACUCAAGUAACUCGUCUGGGACUUCCACCUCAAGUCUAUCGCCCUCUUCACCUUCACUAAACCACAAGUCAAGCAACUCGUCUGUGACUUCCACCUCAAGUCACUCCAAUCAGUCAACAUCUAAACCAACAGCGUCGUCUCCAAGAUGUCAUCAGCUCAAAGUUUGUUGGCUCAACAGUCCACCUUACUUAUUUAAAGAUGAUGAUACUGGAAACAUUUCCGGGGCCUUCAACGAGGCAAUCGAAUUUUUACUUAGUAAAUGUAAAAAUGACUGCAACCCUAAGCCCGCAUACAAAUGGUGCGAAAACUCAAGCUCCAAAUUAAAUUACAGUUAUCAAGUAGAGAAUGCUACGGAACUAACAGAAUGCAUGGAGACGACGUCUGGAUUUGACCUAGUGUUUCCCGUGAUUAAUUCCCAUGUAAAAAACCACAUCUUUUACCAAGUUCGCUUCCAAGAUAUAGUAAGUUCGCCGGGCAUAGCUGUAUUGAGGAAUCGCAAAGUGUUGGCCGACAAGGCGAGAUGGAAUGUGAUUAAAGAGUUUUCUCAAAUAUGGACAGUCAUAGUACUAGCUCUGCUGUUAAAUGCGAUAUUUGGAAUUCUAAUUUGGGUAUUGGUAAGUAGACGUUGUUUUAUGUAAAUGAAAUUUCAAACUUCUGACCUAUGCUGCUUUAACAAUAAUACCAAGAUCCUGUCGUACUCCAAAUGUAAAACAUCCAAUUGUGUCCACUGUAGGCGCCUUUUUGUCUUACACUAAUGUAAAAGAACAAGGUGAAGUUCAGUUGGUUAAUAGAAUAAACAAUGUAGAUUCAAAUUUAUUCAAUUGAAUCUGAAGGAGAAAAAAGCUGAAGCUUUAUAUGAUUUAUAGAUCGACAAGUAAGGCGUUAGAUUGACUUCAUAAUUCGGAUUCUUCGAAAAAAAGGAUAAAAUGAACCAAUGUCGAGAAUGGAUUGGGGAAAUCCUGAAAGAUCAAGUUUUCAAAGAAGUAAUGAUGCCAAGUAGCAUAUCAAUCAAUAACCCAAGUUUAAACAGCAGAGAAAGACUGCGAAAAAUAGGCAAAUCCAACGGCUCCUAGCUCCGCGCAAGAAUGGCUCGCACUUUUUGUCAAAAGCUUCCUAACGCCCAAGUGAACAAAAGACCUUAUUUUUUAGGCCCUAAUUUCAGGUGUCAAUGUAUUUAGCAAGAGGAAUUUAUUCAGUGAAAACUGACGAUAAAUAGACGGAAGAAAGCAAAGAAACAUUGUAUAUUACAAACGAGCAUAAAGCAAUCGAUUGCGGGGUCAUAUGGUUUUUAAUAUGAAAUCGGUGUUAUCGAGCUGAAAUCCAUUUAGUUGUCACUUUAACUAGAGAAAAAGUUUGUUUAAUGUGAUAUCAUGAUUAGUAUGGCUCGUAGCUAUCUCAAUUUCAAAUUGCCAAGUGUCAGCUCCCAUUCCAAAUUCUUAAAAUAGAAAUGUUUCAAACUACCCGCAUUAAUUUCCAUGGGGUCUGCCCUUCUAUAUCCUUUAUUUACUGAACGUAACUUCAAAAAUAAUUCAUCUUAUACUACAACCAAAUAGUCAAACUUGGAUAACACUAGACAAGUAUUUUUAGUUUAUUUAUUUUGGAUCUCGAUAUUUUUUAAAAGGCAGUUUGAAAACCCCCAAUUUUACCUUAGGAACUUGUCUUGAAAAAAAAAAAAGAAGAAAAACACACACACACUAACGAUUUCUGAUGACAAAUGCCUUGAAUUUACUUUAAUUCAUUCCAUUUCUAAGACAAGCAGGAGUCUACGUUGGGAUAAAUUAGAGUACACUCUGUUCUUACAAAUGUGUUUUAAUUAAAAAUCCACAUGAUGACUUUUACUAUGUAAAUAUAUCAUUGGCGAAUUUGGACAGUUUUAAGGAAAAUUGCCAAUCGCUAACGGGACAUUUUAAGGAAAGAAAAGCCGUAGAAGCAUCAUUGGAAAUUCAUGAGCUCAAGUGCUGCAACUGAGCACGUUGCCUGACCUUUUCUAAAGGCUACUAUCAAGGUCUAUGAUCAAACUAGCCAAGUAGUUUCCAGAAAACACGCAGGAUGACCUUUGUUAUUAUAAGAAGCUCUAAAUACGCACAUCUUUUGACAUAUCAUUUGCAUUUAUAAAUGCCAUAGAAUUAAACGAAACGCACCUUUGGAGAGACAACGAAACAACGAAAACAAAGAAAGAAAGAAAGCGGAUGUUUCAUGCAACCUUGGUUAGAAAAUGUGUUCCUAUUUUGUUGCCAUCUACCAUACACCAUGUUUGUAAUAAACUGGAAAAAAGAAGAAACAUGUUAUUUAUUAUUGAAAUAUUCGAUGUCCUGUUUAAUUUCGACGCAGGAUGACCUCAAUUAUUAUAAGAAGCUGUAAAUACGCACAUCUUUUGACAUAUCAUUUGCAUUUAUAAAUGCCAUAAAAUUAGACGAAACGCACCUUUGGAGAGACAACGAAACAACGAAAGCAAAGAAAGAAAGCGGAUGUUUCGCGCAACCACGGUCAGAAAAUGUGUUCCUAUUUUGUUGCCACCUACCAUACACCAUGUUUGUAAUAAACUGAAAAAAAGAGGAAACAUGUUAUUUAUUAUUGAAAUAUUCGGUGUCCUGUUUAAUUUCGGACUCUAUUCUUGCGCAAAGAAAGAAACUCAAACUUAAGUCGGUAGUCAGCCUUCAGUUCCGAUUGCAGUGAACUGAAGUGGAGCUCUUAACGAAAAUAAAUAGUAGCUAAAGAAGCUGACGUAACGUUACCAUUGCCAUGAGCUACAAAGGUCUUUCAAUUUUUUUUAAGUUGAGGUUACCAAGAUCAAAAAUUCUGAAUUGAUUAGGGGCUUGCGGUUAAAUUGAUCAACUUUCUUAAGGCCACUUUCGAUGAAAAUCAGUUAUCACUGGCUUAAUUAAACGUCUUUUUUCUUUUUUUCUAGACGCUAACUGUAUAUUGGUUGAAAUGAACAAAUAAAAUUGUUUUCCUAAUGUAUUGCUUGUCUCGCCUCGACAGUGUAAAAUUAGCGGAAACGAAUUGUCCCUUUUGAAACCUUCCAUUAAGGAUAAAGGGAACUAUUAAGUCAAAUGAAUCGUGUUUAGGUAUCAUACUACGCGCAUUAGUAAAUGUAAACGUCAACCUAUUUUACAGGCUGUGUACAUAUAUCAUAUUUCUUCAUCUAAUGAUAAGCCUUUUAACCUCCUCCGCCUGCCAAAACUCCGUAUAUUAUAUAUUUUAUGCAUAACAAUGCUUUAAGCCAUAGUUGGAGCGAAACACACCCGCGCUUUUUUAAUGGAAGUACUGACCAUUCAUCGACAAAAUUCCCCCCGCAUCAAAAAGGAAAAGUUUUAAUAUGAAGAUGGCUCCAUCUCUGUUAAACUUUUCCUUAUACGCAUAUGAGGGCCUCUUCCUAUUAGCCCGGGUUUCCGAGAUCUCGCCUUAUACCUCUAAAUCCUUUGUAAAAUUGUCGAUGUGUUGAUAUUAGAGGGCGGGCCGGCUCGGUUCCCGAGAUUUCGGUAAGCGGGCUGGAAAUUUUGCCAUGUGAACACUUCAGCCCGGUUACCGGGAUAAAUAUCGGGAUGAAUAAGUAUCCCAUUUAACAACAAAGAUACUGCAGCCUUAAGCGUUCGAAUUUGGCGCCAGAACUCGUCUCCAGGAUCUUUGGCUUUUUCUCAUCUCGGAAAACAUCUCUUGUAUAACUCAAAAGAGAAUAAGGAGAGGGGUUCUUAAGUUCCUCAAAAAAAAAAACAUUUCUUGAGUGUUGCCAUGAAAAGGUACAAGCUAGGAAAAAGGGAACACAAAUAUCACUUGAAGGACCAAUCGCCUUCUCACGGGCGAAACCUAUAUAAUGAAAUAUCAAAUAAAAUUCUAUCCUCAUGGAUGAUGAAAGCUGGAUCAAUGUGCUCAUCCCAAAUUUAUAACAGGUGAUAGCCUUGAGGUGGCUCGGCUGGAUUUUUUUAGGGGGAUACCUCCCAAGUUUGAGCGUUAAUUACGUCCGCAUGAGUAAAGAUAUCGAAAAAAGGUUACCUCAACUGUACUAUAUAAAGAUGAAGAUUUCUUAUGAUCUGGGUUUUAUUGCAAUCGGAGUCGCCAUGGCAACGUAAUGACGCCAUUACGUUUUUCAUUUAUCUUUGUGUUUCUCUGUACCAGGAGUUUUUUGAAGAAAUCGCUUAAGGGAGUAUGUGCCAGCCAUAAUUGCCUCCAUUAUAGCAAAAAUUGAACAAAUUCUAUGAGAGCGUUUUCGAAAUAUUUUGAAAAGCAGUUUUAAGAAUCAUAAAAACAGUGAAAUAGCAUGCUAGCCACACAAUUCGCUAUUAUGUUUAGAAAAUGAUAAGCUUUGGUAACGCAGCUUCAUCUCAUAGAUAUAAAUUUGCAUCAAAAAGAACUCUCGAUUACUUUCCGAAGAAAUAUCCGAAAUAUGCUAAUAAUUGGCUUGUCGUCACAGAUAGCAGUGAGAGCCGAAACGGUGAACGUCACAGCUCAUCCUGUAGGAUGCAAUACGUAAUUAUAUCUUACUCGGGUUAUAACAUCACAGAACCUCGCACAAAGAGUUGCUCUGAUGUUAUAAUGUAUCACUGAUCUCUUUACUCGGUAAUUAGCAUAUCCCGGAGAUUUAACCGAGGGCCUUUUUGAUGCAAAUUCUAUCUUUUUGCUAAAUGUGCACGUGUAUAUGAAACUUGAAAACAAUGCCAGUGAAUAAUGAGGACGUUCUCUUGUAAACACAAAAUCUGGGGGGGGAAAUUGGCUAUAUUUGAGGCCCUAUUUAAAAGCCGUCCCUGUUUUCAAUGUUCUUGAAACUUGCAGGGAAUAUUUCUUGACGAUUGAUCUCGGGAUUGUCGAAUUUAUAAAAAAAAUUAUAGCGCGGUUUUUGGAAAAAGGCGAAAUUCUUAGGCAUGGACCAAGUUACGUCCAAAAACUGUAACAAAAGCAACUGAAUGCAAGUUAAUAAAAUUCUUCUUACUCGCGAUCGCCCAGAGCAAUUCCCCUCUUUUUUUGUAUGCAGUUUUCAAUGGAAUCAAACCACUAUGAGAUGAAGCCGCGUUCCCAAAGCCUAUCAUUUUCUUAAAAUAUCAGCGAAUUGUGUGGCUAGCAUGCUAUUUCCCUGUUUUUAUGAUUCUUAAAAUGCAUUUCAAAAUAUUUCGAAAACGCUCUCAUAGAAUUUGUUCAAACUUUGCCAUAAUGGAGGCAAUUAUGGCAGGUACGUACUCCUAUAAGUAAAACUCCUGGUAGCGAGAAAAGCAAAGAUAAAUGAAGAACGUAAUAGCGUCAUUACGUUGCCAUGGCGACUCCGAUUGCAAUAAAACCCAAAUCAUAAGAAAUUUUCAUCUUUAUAUAAUACAGUUUUGGUAACCUUUUUUCCAUAUCUUUUCUCAUGCCGACGUAGUUAAUUCUCAAACUUGGGAGGUAUCAACCUCAAAAAAUCCAGUCGAGCCACCUUAAAUCAUCUCCGCUAGCAGUAAGGGAAAAUUGAUAGAAUUCUUUCUCUCGCUAGUAACUAUACCCUUUUAACCUUUAGACGGCUUCCUUGAGCAAGGACUUAGUAACAAAUAAACAUUCAAUUUGAUUUGACAGAACCAUAGUCACUGAUAGUCUUCUGUUUAGCCCAGACGGCUUUUUUAUUAUCGAGUCCGCUGUUUAUUUUAACCGCUUUCUUCCUGAUCAGAAGGGAAUACCAUAAUGCUGCUUGAACACUGGAAGGACUAAGAAAAAAACUUUGAAAAAUGUUACUUAGCACUUAUCUCUGUGAUUCUAAACAGUUUUGAGUCAACGAAAUGAAACAGUCAAAGAUCAAACAAACAAACGGCUAAAGAGAGUGUCACAGACAGUUCCCGGGAAGAAUUUAUAAACCUGACCCAACAAAUUGGAGACACUUUCAGAAUGGAACUGGAAUUUUGAACGUUGGUUCUGCCCACGCACGGACAUCAUGUGCUCGUAAAAGAAAAGUAAAAGACUAAAAGAAGCAGAAGCAAUUAGGUUUUGACCGCUAAACUGCAAUGCCGUUUGCCUGCGAGACCAAGACAGUCUUGCGACUCUUUCUCCCUCGAUCGCUUCGCUACCUAUAAUUCGCUCCGCUCGUUUUACGACUUAUUUCUGUGAAACUUGUGAGGUCGACAUGUGGCAAUUCUAUUAAAAUUUACUCACAUUCUAGACCUCAGAAGUUCCACAGGCAUAAAUAAAAAUAAAUUCGAAAAAUGAUAAGGGCAUCGAAGGGGUUAGUAAAACUUAAUAUAAUCAUUUCAAUGUACAAUUUCCCGAUGAAAUUCAUCAUAAAGGCAGUACUUGAUCGCCAAAAUGACCUCAAAAACAAAAAGGGGUUUCCAGCAAAAGAGAAACAGCGUCUAGCCAUGUUUUAUUCAUCUAUGUUUGAUCAAUCGUCGAGGGUAGAAGGACGGCUUUAAAUGACAGUUGGAUUCAUUUGCAACAUACCCGUAUAGCUGUCGCAUUUAACCGCUGGGAUGGUUUAAUUGUUUUUAAGCCUAAAAGCAAAUUUAACCCAUGCUGGCAAAUGCGACAGCUAUACACGUACGUUGCAGAUGAAUCCACCCUACGAUUGGUUGAAGAUGGGAUGAGUACGGGACUCACAAACAAGAAAAAGGCUAGUGAAUACUCUGUCCUGUAUCACGUGUUCGCCAGAAAACAAUGCUAUCUCUGUUCUGCAUUACGUCAUAAAAGUUACCUUACACUUCCUAACACUGCCUUAUGUUACAUCGCGUCGAGAUUCACUCUGCCUCGGAAUUUUUGCGCUCGCGCUAUUUAGUCCAGCUGUUAUCGACCAAAAAAAGUUCGAAUUGUUCAAAUUGGUGAUACAAGCAUGAAACUUUCACAGAUUCUUAAGGGCCCUAAGGGAAAUAUUUUCUGAUGUAGGGCUAAGCCAAACUAAGCUCUAACAUGGAAACUAGGCUAGAAAUAAAAAACGCCUUAAAUGAAAGAGUUUUAGGAAAAUAACCAUCAGUUAUAACAAAACUGAUAAUUUGUAGUACAUUUUGAUAAACUUCAAGCUUUUAAUGCAGUCACGUGACCAGUUAUAAACGUUUUUAAUUAUCAGGCUUGGGUACUCAGUGGUGAAAUUUUGUUUACACGAUUAUUCAAUGUUUUGUGCAUUACAUUUGCUGAUUUUUAGCCCACAGAUAUACCAAAAAAGUGAAAAUUGUUUUAUUUCUUUUUAAUGUGACCACUUAAAAAGUCUAUUUUCUAGCUGUUCAUCUUUUUUCUUUACGAUUCACUUUGCUAUUCAGGAGAGCAGGUCAAACGCUGAGGAAUUUCCCCGAAGUUUUUUGCGUGGUUCCUUGGAAGGAAUUUGGUGGGCCUUUGUUACCAUGGCAACGGUCGGGUAAAUACUUCCAGUUUCUCGAUUUUCAUCCCAUAUCAUCUGCUUUCUCGGGGAAAGAGAAUGUGGAAAGAAUUUUUUCGAACCAAAUUUUAGUCUGUGAUCUAAAAAACUGAUUCAGAAGCGAUUUAAAGUUAGAAUGAGUGAAUGAAUGAUAUAGUUCUUUUGUUUUUCAUUUUAGAAGAUAAGGGAAAGCCCGGUGAAAAAUACAAUCACGUUUGGACCGUUUGAAAACGUUACAAAAACUAAGAACUUUUGCAUGCCGAAAUACUUAAAGAAAACAAUUGAGGUCAGGUGACUUGCACUCGAAGUAGUCUUUCUCCUUAUCUAACGCUUAUUGAGAAUUGAGAGGUCUUUUGCAUGAAGUCAUCUUUGUUCUUCACCAACCGAAGAUAAGUACGCUUUUGGAUUUGUUUAAUUAUAAAGAAAUAUAUAAGAUACAAAUUCUGAACAACCUACAAACUCACUAUUAGCCUCUGUAUAGUGAGUAGAGGUCCCCUCUACCAACUAUGGCCUCUGGUGUAGGGAGGUCGCAGAAGACUUGCAAUUGGUUCUCUUCUAGGAGAUUCCCUAUGGUGGGUUGAAAUCUUCGGCUUUUGGUCUUUCAUUAACUUUUGGCACGCGUGGCUGUUACCACUUCUGGCUGUAGAUAUGCUCUAAUCGUUGUUUUCUUUCCUAAGGUAUGGUGAUAAAGCACCAAAGUCCUUCUUAGCCCGUCUUCUGAGUAUUUUAUGGAUGUUUACUAGCGUGGCUGUAAUGGCAUAUCUAACUGCAACGAUGACGACAGCUCUAACAUCAGGAAUUGUGACUGACCACAGAAAAAUUGUUAACACUGAGGUAAGGACACCAAUAUUGUUUUAUCUAAUUUCGACCACAAAAUGUUUACUAUGCACACGUUCGAUCUCUUGUCUAACGGAUUAAUCGUGCAGACAUGACAUCGAUGCAAACGUCUCUUCACAUCAUUGCCCCAUGUAUGUAAGGUAAUCAGGAUUUUGGAAUUAGGGAAAUUUUUGCUUGUGGAAUCCAGAAUCCUGGGCUUUGGAAUCCGGAAUCACACUAACAAUUGAAAUCCGGAAUCCAAGUUCCAUUGAUAAAAAUAUGGAAUCCAGUAUCUGGAGUCCAUAAUCCACGGGAUGGAAUCCAAAAUCCAAGACUGCAUUGAGGCAAAUAUCAUCAGUUUUUCACCGGUGAAUGAAAAAGUUACAGUAAUGCAGGCAUUAAUUUUACCGAUGCACACUUCCGAAGACAUGCUUGACAGGUGGAUCAUGAAGGUAUACAGUCCUCGCGUUAGUUCAACCACACCUCUCUCGAGUGACAUGGUCAUGAAGGCAUUUCUUAGACGCACAAGACCAUCCAUACGUCUCUCGAAGGAACGAUUGAGACAUGUUUUAAAUGCAUACUGAGUUCGACCAUACGUCUGUCAGAUUAACUCUACAGGCAGAUCGUCGAUGCACAAGUGCCCUAUACAAGCCUCACAUGUUUCCUAUCCAUAUUCGCAAUACAGUCAAUUCAAAGUUUCCGACACAACUCACAGAGGAAACAUGCAGUACAAUCUUUUAUCCGCAAAUUCUCUCACAUAGCUCACAGAUGUAUUCACCAGGUCAAUGUUUGAUGCAAAAUUCCCCAGAGAUACAUCACAGAUUAACGGGGGAAGCAAACCCAUGAACUCCCCGCACACAAAGUAUCGGAAAACUUAGUAGAAGGCCCAUAACAUUCGAUCGCAGAACUCAGUUAUGCAUCCACCACACCAAUAUUUGUUACAUAAUUAUUUUAUUUAUCUAUUUAUUUAUCAGAUCAUCACCAAGAAAGAACAAUGGCCGUUUAACAUAUCUCCCAGAUAAACUACGCUGACCAGUUCGUACUGCACAUGUUUUAUCACACAUCCUUAGACUAAGAUUUGCUAAUUAAGUCCAACUAUACUUCUUUUGGUUUUGCAUACCCACGAAACUGUCAUGAUUCUUAAGAUUUAAAGCAGUUAUUUUCAAUAUUUCUUGUUAUAGCUUGGUGUUUUAACCAACAGUCGAGGAUACAUGGAAGGAAUGAAGCAAGGAGUAAUCGUUAAGGGUAAGAACUAAAGCAUCAUCAAAACUAACUUCAGGGUGGAUUUACACUGUCGCGUAAUUUUUACGUGUGUAUCAAUUAAUAUCUCGCAUAAUUUUUACGUUUACUCGCGACACUUCAUACAUUGCCUCUAUUUUAUUUACGCGCAUAGAACUGAGGCACCUACGGAGUUACGUAAAACAUUACGCGGCAGUGGAAAUCCACCCUUAUUCAGAGAAAAAUAGAUGAACUGCUGGUGUGCGACGCGAUGCACAAAAUUGUAAAAGGGUAUGCUAUGCCCCAUAGUACUUAUGAGAGGUUUUAUUAACUAGAGAUCAGAGGUGCAUAACUACAAUACUAGACCAGAUAGACCUGAUACUAGACAAAGUGUUUGUGCUAUCGCAAUUUGUAAUAAUCGUCACAUUUUGUAAUACCUGUCGCAAUUUAUGUAUUAAACCUUGUCGCACUUUGUAAUAAAAAAGCUGUCGCAAUUAGUAAUAACUGUCCAUCGCAGACUGUAAUAAAUUUUUUGAGAUUCAUUCUCUUGCCAUGAGGGAUUCGCUUCAAGACAUGAAAAUUAUCGUGACAUGUCGCCUUGUCAAUGUAUUUUCUUUUCCGUUUUCCAUGUCAGACCAUUCACAAAAAUUGCCGUGUCUGCGUGUUGUUUGUUGCUAUUUUUGAAAGACUAAUAGAAAUCUAUUAAGCGCCAUGCCUGGAAUUAUUACAAACUUCGACAGCUCAGUUUAUUCCAAAGUGCGAUGGAAUUGUUACAAAUUGUGAAGGCUUAGUUUAUUACAAAGUGCGAUGGAAUUAUUACAAAUUGCGACAGCUUUUUAAUUACAAAUCGCGACACGGUUUAUUACAAAGUGAGAUGAUUAUUACAGAUUGCCUCAGUACAGUGUACAGUGAUACACUGCAAUUUAAAAGAAGAAGUUGAUUAUAUUUCUAAAUACCCUGAGAUCGACAAAGGCUACUUUUCGCAUGCACGCCAGCUCACACCGCGAAAAUGUUGCCUCUGUCGAUCGCAGGUUUAUUUCCAAAAAAGAGUUACACGCGCAUCUACCUUUAGUGAUGACGAACUACGUCCGGCGCCGACGAGCAUUGAACGAAGAGUUCGUAUCGUUUUCGUGUGAACUGCCGUAUUAUAUGCUCUUCCCAGUGGGCUGGUUCAGACAUAACCUAAGAUAACUUUCAAUAUGAACAGGGACUGUUCAUUUUCACUGCAAAAAAAUUCUUGCGAAUCGCGGCAUGCUUAAAUCCAAAUUACUGAAAUUAAAUACAAUUGGUGCUCAUGUCACACAAUACUCUUAUUACAACAGGGUUACUGAAAAAUCUAAACAUCGUCCAAACGGUCGUUGAAAUAUUGUAAUAGAAAAAUUUUGUUCGUCAAAGUUGAUGUUAUCCUUUGGCCAGAUUAGCUUCAGAUUGCACCCGCUUUAUCACACAAAAAGCUAGAAAAUAAGUUUUUGGCUGAAGUCCAACAAUGCUUCUCAAGAAGAUAACUACAAUUGGUGUGGACUGAGGACUUACAUUUUUACAGUAUUUUUCUUUGAAAUAGAAAUCACAGCUCUAAAGCAUAUACUUCAUAUAAAACAAAUGAAAUUUAGUUUUCAGAACUCAACCAACACAGAACCGAACUACUAUUUUAGGUAACGUAAAGUAACGUUGUACUGCUAUGCGAUAUAAAAAGGUGCAAGAACAUUGCAAACUGUUGACAUUUUGCCAAACAUUAAGAGAACCCUAUGACAUUUUGCAAAGUAAACUCCUCGUAUACACUUAUCUUCUAGCAAUUGUAUCACUAGGUAUUGUUUAUUUCCCCGGUAUUAUACAAACCAAAGUCAAGAGUUUUUUCUCAAAAACGAAUUUGAUUUUUUGACGCAGAGUAUGGCGACCUUGAAGCACUUCUCACGGGACUCCGCCGUAAAGAGGUUGAAGGAGUGCUGUUAGACGUAUUUACUGCAUCGUACAUCUUCAAUAAAGGAGACAUUGAUACCAAAAUGUUCGAGCAAGUCACAAUCCUGGAGUUUCCGUUUCAUAUCGGAUUAUACAUGGUGGAUUAUAAGCGUUGUCUAAAACGGUGUAUUGAAAACGAAGUUCAGCGAGAUCAAACGUGGAUUUACCCAUACGUACAAAAACACAUAAGAGGUCAAACAGUUAAAGUAAGUAUGAGCCAUUAUAAUUAAAAGCAAGUAUAAACAAUGAUAAUCGAAAACGUUUAGCUGAAAACCUGCUCACAAAUGUUAUUUCUCAUCAGGCCUUGCGUACGGGAAAAAGAAGCUUAAAGCAAGUUGGAAAAAAAUUUUCGCAAAACGUUAAAUGUAGUCAGCCUUACAUCCCCAAUUGGACUGGGCGUGUUUCAUUUUCUUUGCUUUGUUCGUUCUAUUGGCAGGCGCGGAUCCAGCACGGUUUCCAUCGUUUUACGGAAAUUGGUCAGAUUUUCUUAAUAAAUAUAUUCUUAAUAACGAAAAAAACUUUUCAAGUUUAAAUGGUGAAAAUAGUUUGGACAACCUUUUUUUUUUCUUUUUUUCCCCCCAAUUUCUGGGCAUUAGACACGGUACGAGAUAUCCAGCUGCAUGGAAAAUCACUUGUCGCUGUCAGAAUAGCCCAUUACAACAUGGAAAUUCACCCGGAUGAAAUAAUUCGCCGAUUUGCAAGGCUUUCUGUCUGUAUGACUCCCAACCCAGGAAAGGGGGCUUUAGGGAGUUAAAAUCCCAAAAAUUUCCCGGGGGUUCAUGCCCCCGAACCCACCUACAAGCUUUCGCCUUAGAUGGCUCGUUUAGGAAAUCGGUCAGUAUCGGCACCUGAUUUAUACGGUCUUCUUGCUAUAAACUUUGCGCGCUAAACACGGCUAGUUCCAGAUCCUGUAGACUAGGGCAUGUUAAAAAAUUAAGGUAUACACUAAUAAAUACCUUCAUACAAGAUUCACAGGCUAGAUUGCACUGUUCGAGCUUCUUGUCGAACACUCUGUGUGUUACUCAACGGCUAGACGCAGUGAAGGCCAUGCGUACUGGAGGGCGGAGACGGAAGGAUUCCCUGAAUGAAAAUUGACGCCCAGUGUAGGAAUUUUAACUUGUGGAAAAAUAUAUCAUCGCAAAUAACAUUCGAUUCAUGAUAUAAAAUGGAGUGAAAAUAAAGCUUUCUGGAACAAAAAAGCCAAAGAAGCACAUCAGACCUUCGCCAGGUUACCAACAUCCGUCACAGAGUAACUUAAAAAAUAAAAUUUUUGCGAUUGAGCAAUCACAAACCCUACUUAAGACCUUAUAAAAACCUCAAAAAAGGAGAAAAGAAACGUUCUAACAAAAUUUCACAAAAUGUAAUAUUCAUGAAAUAUUCAAUCCCCCAAGCGAAAAGUCCAGAAAUUGAUAAGUAGGCAUAUAUUUGAAUGCUUCGAGAUAAGAAAGGACAAGCAAGACAAAAAGUAAAUUAUAUAAAUAGAUAUGUGUUUAAUUAUCUCUAUUUGUUUAUAACAUGUUAUGUAUAGUGUAAUCUAUAACUAGCAUAUAUUUUAAUUUUCAAUUGUUUUGGAAAAGGGUCGUUGUACCAGCUGGUAUAAGUCCCCAAAUAAACAUAUUGUCUUAUUUUAUUUUGUCUAACAUGAUUAUUCUUUCCAUAGGACGAAGGAGGAGGAAGCCCAUGGACAACCCAAUUGAACCUAUUCGGUUCAGAUGAGCCAGCUUUUCGCCUCGCCAUGUACACUUUGUCUGGCGUUCUGGCUGCUUUGGUUGUCUUGGGUUUGGUUUGGGAACUUAAUUACAGGCAGAAAAGUCGAAACUUCACAUUCAAAAAUGGUAACAGUUUUUGAAACGUACUUUGUUAAGACCAACAACAAGCUAUUUCCUUAGGUGUCCUCAGGUAACCUCAACCUGAUUUUUAUGUCAGAGAGAUUAUAUGUAGCCAUCUGGAGUAAAAUUUUCAAUUUCUUUGACUUACGACCUCACACACCUGGGACGCCUUAAUGCAGAACUUCUCAACACGUCUACCUCUGCUGGGAUGAAUACUGAGAGAACUGUGAUUUUUAAAAGUCCGUUUCUUAACAUGUGGGUCUGGGAUGGAGUGUACUGGUCAAGUCAUGGUCAUUCAACGAGAACAUAGUUCAAAACCACUUAAACCAUUGUUAAACGUAUUUUAGUAUUUAAAAAGUAGAUAUAGGCUUAUUUUUAUCCCCUAAAAAUGUUUCAUCUGUUCGGAUUUCCUAGCUGAAAGUCUAGUGAUCCGAAAAUUAUGGGGAUCAAACUUACCUUUUCGAAAAUUUCAGCCGGAAAAAAAGGCUCCCAAAAAUUAUAGGUCACCUUUUUAGGGUAAAAAUCCGUUAAAAAUGGACAAUUGCACCAUUUUUUAGAUGUUCGAAAAUCCUAGGAGAGGCAGGCAAGCAAGAAAUUUUACAACAAUGUUCCGCAAAUUCUAGAUCUCAAAUCGUCUUCCGAACAGAUAUUUUCGGAAAAUUGACGUUAGGUGCCGCUGGUCAAGUACUUAUUGCGUACCUUUUUGCAGGGAAUAAAAGAGAUGUUAGUGGUAAGGAUUUUCAACUGGCGAGGAGGGAUUUUAAGCAAUUGCUGGAACAUAUUGACGAUGUUGAAAAGAGCCUCGCCAAGAUUUCCGAGUUAAAAGAAGUUUACCACAAAAUGGAAGGCCACUGGAUUAACUCAAACAAUCAAAGAGGAGCGAAGGAAACUAAUCGCGUCAUACUGUAGAGAUAAUAGACUGAUUUAGCAACCGGACGGGAACGCCAUUUGACGACGGGUAAGCGCGCUGAAAGGACUAAACUCGACUUCCGGUACCCAAUUUGCCGCUCUGCCA